AGGAUAUUUUCCCCAGAUUGGCUAAAAAGAACCUGUUACAUCAUGUUACACCAAUUAAUUUAGAAUGACUUGUAGAGUUUUCAAACUUGGUACGCACUUUGGUGACCCCUAUUGAUUUCAGAUGGCUGACACAAGUCUAAAUGAGGGUUCACCACCAAGCAAAAUGCCAAGACUUGAUGCUGCUGAUGACACAGCAGGCAUGUCAGGGGACACUUCAACCAUGUCAGAGGACACUGCAGUGAAGUCAGGGGACACCUCAACCAUGUCAGCAGACACUGCAGUGAAGUCAGGGGACACUUCAGCCAUGUCAGGGGACGCUGCAGUGAAGUCAGGGGACACUUCAGCCAUGUCAGGGGACGCUGCAGUGAAGGCAGGGGACACUUCAGCCAUGUCGGGGGACGCUACAUUUAUGUUAGAGGACACUGUAGCUGUGAUGGGGGACAGUUCAGCCAUGUCAGGGGAGACUGCAGGUACCUCGGAGGAUACAUCAACUGCCGACUUGGACAACUCUGUCAUUGUGAUGGGGGAGGAGCCAGGAGUUUUAGGGACUGUGUCCGUACAGAGAGCUUUGGAUGGAAUCGAAGAUUGUCAGUGCAGGAUUGAAGAAUUGAAUGACAAGGCUACAGAGGAGAUUCUCGCUGUGGAAACAAAGUAUGUGAAACUUCGUCGGCCACACUUUGAGCGCAGGAAUGAGCUUAUAGCUGGCAUUGACAGCUUCUGGGUCACUGCAAUCCUGAACCACCCCAGCCUAGCAAACCUGGUGGAUGAAGAUGAGGAGGAUUGCCUCAACUACCUCACACAGGUGGACAUUGAGGAGUUUGCAGACCUGCGUGCAGGGUUUGCCAUUCACUUCCAUUUCAAGAGUAACCCAUACUUCACUAAUGACGUGCUCACAAAGUCCUUCUUUCACACUUCCACAGGUGGUCAGCCGCGGUCCCGGUGUUCGGAGAUCCGUUGGAAGCGUGAGAAGUCUCGUAUCAACCGACUCCAGCUGUCCACUAGCAGAGCGGCCAAGUCCGGGCGUCGCUGCUUCUUCUCCUGGUACCUGCAAUACACUGACCCAGCCCGGGACCGCAUUGUCAAGAUGUUGAAGGAGGAGAUUUGGGUGAACCCGCUGAAGUAUUACCUGGCCGGGGAGGAGAACGGGAUCACAGGGACCAGCGAUGAUGACGAAGACUCUGUGGUGAUUGUUGGGGACGACAGUGAUGAGAGUGACGGAGACUCUGUAUAUGAGGUCGAAGGUGGGGUGGAAUCGGGAUCAGAGGGGCCAUCCGGGUCCAACAUGGAGGACACUGUUGAAUCUAUUCAGGUUGACGAUGACACAGAUGAUUCUGACUCGGACGCUGUUCAGGUGUUGGACAGCGAGAGCGAGCCGGAGGUGCAUGAGAUCUCGCCCGUGAAACCUGGGGCAGCCAAACUAUCACCAUCCAAGCCCGGGCCAGCCAAGCCAGCACCUUCCAAGCCAGGUCCCUGGUCCCGUGGAAAAGUGUCAGCAAAGAAACCCUCAGAACUUGACUCCAUCAACUCAGUGGUAGCUGCAGCAAUGCUGGACUUUGCCCAGGUCGGCCAGGUUGGUGAUAGGGCAGGGGACACAGAGGGCCCCAGUCAUGAUACUGAGGGGGUCACUGUCCCUGGGGCGGAAGCAGAUAUACAGGGGAUCACACCAGUACAACAGGAGAAAGGGUCGGACAUUGCUGCUAAAGGUGUGGAAAACAACAAAGAUAAACAACAGGUGAAUAUUGUCGAUAAAGAUGCUGCAAGUGAUGGCUCAAAGGAGGGUGUGAAUAAAGUUUCAGAAAAGUCAGACAUUGGCGGCUCAUUAGAAACAAACAAUGGCCCUGGGGAUGAUGCUGGGAAGGGUGGGGGGACAAGAAAUGGCCAAGUUGAAGGGAACCUAGGCACAGGGAAGGGUGUGGACUGAGCCAAGCCAAGUACAGCAUGCUGCGAGAAAUGAUGAAGAUAUGUAUAACACUGGUCCGAGUAAAGAGGAGGAACAUUGAAUGACUUUCAAACAACCACUUUAAAGAUAUAUCUGGAUUUGGAAAGUGAACCACUGUUAUUGUGAACAGAAGAAUGAGUGGUUUUAUAGUUUACAGUUUGGAGAUGGAGUAAAGUGAACUGUUCCAACCCUUUUCUUUAGAAAUACUUCACUUCAAGAAAACUUCUUGCUUUUAAAACAAAGCAAAGCAGCAUUUGCUUUAAUAGGGUUACAUUUUAGUGUACUUGUUGUCUAUGAAAUGUCACUGUCUAUAAGCAUAUGCUGUCUAAAAUGUUUUAUAUCAGCAAUAGUUCCCAACUUGGUCACCCAUCUUUCCACUGGUUUACACAAAAUGACUACAAAGAUGUUAACCGCAUCAAGGAAGUUUGCAUAUUCUAACAUGUGUAUGUUAGUGAGUCUAUGUUGAACUUAAAGGCAGCUAAAAUUGUAUCAUUUACAUUCAGACACACUGUCAUAUGUCAGGAUAUUUCAACAAUAUUUUUAUACCCCAAGAUUUCUUGGCUUUAUAGAGGAGUUGCAUCCGUCAUGUCCCGCCCCUGAAAAACCUUUAGUAGUAUUACCUCUACAAACAUGAAACUCCAUAGCAAUGUUGCUCAGUAUGAGCUGCUGUGUACCUGCCAUUUCCUUCACUGUCCACUCUGUCUUACAAAAGUCGAAGCCCUCGAACUCUUAAAAAAUUAUUAUUUUUUGUAACGCAUACAGUGGCAAAAGAAUUAUGCAUACAUUCAUUAAAGUUAUUAGAAAUGUUUUUAGCAAGGGCUGUUAUGCACCUGCUAUUUCUUUCAUAUUCCCUUGCUUAAUUGCACAACUCAACAUUUAAUCAUUUCUGUGUUCUGGCAGCGUCUUGUGGGUAUUCAUCACAACUGUGAUAGCUCUAGUUACAGUUUGUUUAUCAUUUCAUGUUGUACAUAUGCUUUUAAACUAUGCAUGUUGUUACUAUUUAUUUUGAUGACAUUACAAAUUUUAAACCAUGAUGAUUUAAAAUGAAAUGUACUUUUCAAUAUUGUGGUCAGAUGAAAUUACAACUAUUUAGAAAACAUUUCUAUUUUAUUGUAAUCAUUUUCAUUUUAUUUGUUAUCAAUUAUCACAUCAGUAUCCUUUUUAUUUAGUCAGUUGAUGAUAACAUCAAAAGGUCCAUAAAACUUGGAACCUAGCCUGAAUUGUAAAUUACCCUGCUGUUGUACCUAGCCUGCCAAAAUUAACUUGGUACAUAGCCUGCAAAAAGUAACUUGGUACAUAGCUUGCCUAAACUCUGUACUUAAACUAAAUCUUAGUACCUUCCCAGCUUGAACUUGUUUCCUUGCCUGGGCCUUUCGGGCAGACUUGGGACCAAAUUUGAAAAUGCCUGUACAAACUUGGAUACUCGUGUUUAAGUAAAACGAGAAAAAUAUCACAGCAUUGAAAGCCCAUAAAUAGUACCGGUAGGUCACAAGCAACAUUUCCUUUGAAAAACAUUGAAGCUUUUGUCAUCUUUCUAACCUCACCUCAAGGCAAUGUGGGUAAAUGGCCAUUAUCUACAAUCAACGGUUGGCCUCCUACUAGUUUUCUGGCCCUAGUUUCUCGAUACUUUGUAAUUCCAUUAUAACAGGAUUUAGGUAAGCUCACUAUUUUUUCUUUGUCUUUAAUUGGUGUAAUAUUUUUUUUUUCAAGAGUUAUUAGAUUUUAAAUAUGAAUUACAUUUAUGAUUAUCACAAUAACCAUAUUAUAUUUACCUAAAGUAUGUUUUUUGUCUAAUUGAAAUAAGCUACUUAAGACUGUUAAGCUUAAGAAGUUUCGAGAAAUUGGGCCUUGGAUAAUGUGCAAUACCUGUUCAUAUUAGGCUAACUGUGACUAAGAAUUUACAGUGGCCUUGACCCUUUUAUUUCUGAAUUGACGGAGAGUUCAUCUUCAUAACUGGUCCACAACCUACACCCUUGUACCUUCUUUCAUGAUUCUGGUCAAACUGCACUGAAUUGCUUUUGAUCUAAUCAUAAGGCCAAGUGUCCCUAUUAUUUUAAAGUUGGUGUAAUAAAAAUGUGUGUAAAUACUAAAAAAAUGUAUCAUUAUUUAAAUCUUGUUCAUUUUUCUUGAGUUAUUUCUUGAAAAAUAAAACAUCAACC